AAAUUAGGUUUCAUAAUUAAGUUGUGCAAAAAUAUAUGAAGUUAAAAGAUUAGCUGACAAACUUUUAACUCAUAGCUAGGUAGAACUGCUAUUUGAUAAUCGCUAUCAGGGCUCUUUCAGCAACCCUACCAGAAGGCAUAUGAUCGCUAACUCCCUUACCAUGAAUGAAGUCAGUAUAGUGAGAGAGGGAUGGCUUCACAAAAGAGGUGAAUAUAUCAAAACAUGGAGGCCUAGGUAUUUUAUCCUAAAGAGCGAUGGCUCUUUCAUCGGUUACAAAGAGAAACCAGAUUUAAAUGACCAACCUUCCCCACCACUGAACAACUUCUCAGUGGCAGAAUGCCAGUUAAUGAAGACUGAAAGACCCAGACCUAAUACAUUUGUCAUCCGUUGUCUGCAGUGGACCACUGUUAUUGAACGUACUUUUCAUGUAGAAAGCAACGAAGAGAGAGAGGGGUGGAUAAGGGCAAUCCAGUAUGUAGCGAACAGUCUGAAAAUGCAGGAACAGGGGGAAGAGGAACCAAUGGAUGUUCUCAGCUCACCAAACGAAAGCAGCCUGGUGGAGAUGGAGGCAGUUAUAUCCAAGAGCUGCACCAAAGUGACAAUGAGUGACUUUGAAUAUCUGAAGCUGCUUGGAAAGGGUACCUUUGGGAAGGUGAUUCUUGUCAAAGAAAAGACAACUGGAGUACAUUAUGCCAUGAAAAUACUGCGCAAAAUGGUGAUAAUAGCCAAGGAUGAAGUGGCCCACACGGUUACAGAGAGCCGAGUGUUACAGAACACCAAACAUCCUUUCCUCACGGAUUGUUCUCUUCUGGACAGAGAUCUCAUUCCUGUUGUUCCUGGGAUCUGCUGGAGCUACUUGCCUAGCUUGGGGGUCACUGCACUCAAUACUCUGAUUACCACUGGGAGCACCGUUACCUUCACCCUCCACAUUUUCUUCAGCGUCUCUCUUAGCCCCUGGUAUUUCUCCAUCUUCUCGUGUUCCUUCUUUCUGAUGUUACUGUCAUUUG